AUGUCUUUUGAUGCAGAUGUCCAGACCCUGGCCUCAGUGCAAGCUCCAGCACAGACCCCAGCACCCGCUCUGCUUGGUCCUGCUCUUCCAGGGCCCUUCCCUGGUGGCCGUGUGGUCAGGCUGCAUCCAGUCAUUUUGGCCUCCACUGUGGACAGCUACGAGAGACGCAACAAGGGUGCUGCCCGAGUUAUCGGGACCCUGUUGGGAACUGUCAACAAACACUCAGUGGAGGUCACCAAUUGCUUUUCAGUGUCACACAAUGAGUCAGAUGAAGUGGCUGUUGACAUGGAAUUUGCUAAGAACAUGUAUGAACUGCAUAAAAAAGUUUCUCCAAAUGAGCUCAUCUUGGGGUGGUACGCUGCAGGCCAUGACAUCACAGAGCACUCUGUGCUGAUCCAUGAGUACUGCAGCCGAGAGGCCCCCAACCCCAUCCACCUCACUGUGGACACAAGUCUCCAGAACGGCCAUAUGAGCAUCAAAGCCUAUGUCAGCACUUUAAUGGGUGUCCCUGGGAGGACCGUGGGAGUGUUCACACCUCUGACAGUGAAAUACGCAUACUAUGACACGGAAUGCAUCAGAGUUGACCUGAUCAUGAAGACCUGCUUUAGCCCCAACAGAGUGGUUGGACUCUCAAGUGACUUGCAGCAAGUAGCAGGGGCAUCAGCUCGCAUCCAGAAUGCCCUGAGCAUAGUGUUGCAAUAUGCAGAGGAUAUACUAUCUGGAAAGGUGUCAGCUGACAAUACCAUCAGGAAGGUGGGCCACUUCCUGAUGAGCCUGGUUAACCAAGUACCAAAAAUAGUUCCCGAUGACUUCGAGACCAUGCUCCACAGCAACAUCAAUGACCUGUUGAUGGUGACCUACCUGGCCAACCUCACACAGUCACAGAUUGCCCUCAAUGAAAAACUUGUAAACCUGUGAAGGGACCCCAAGCAGUAUGCUUGCUGGUCUAGGUCUUAACCCCAGGACUCAGAAGUGAAGGAAAAAUGGUUUUUUUGUGGUCUUGAGUCACACUGAGACAGUCAACUGUGUGUGACUCUAAUAAACGUAGCCUACCUUUUGUAAAUUAAAAAAAAAAAAAAA